ACCUAAUUUAAUUGUAAUUAAAUUGUUAUAAUGGGUAAUUGUCUACGAAAUACGAUACAAAAAUUAUCAAAAAAACAUAAUUCAGAAAAAAGUAUAACUCUUCUUAUUGUUGGUCUAGACAACGCAGGAAAGACUUUAAUUUUAAAUCACAUAUGUGGUGAUCCUGAUAAGCACGUAUUAUCAACAAUGGGAUUCCGAACUGUAUGUUUAAAAUAUAAAUCUUAUGCUAUAAAAAUAUAUGAUCUUGGUGGUAGCACACAAAUAAGAUCAUUAUGGCCAAAAUAUUAUAAUGAUAUACACGGUCUUAUAUACGUGGUGGAUGCUAGUGAUAUUUCCCGUCUUGCAGAAAAUAAAGUUGUAUUUGGUGAAUUAGUUGCGCAUGAAAAUAUUUCGGGAAAACCAUUAUUAUUGCUUGCCAACAAACAAGAUUUAAAUGGAGCUAUCGAUGAAUUGGAUGUUGUUGACAAUUUAGAUGUAGAAUAUGUAGUGAAUACCACACGAUGCCCUACAAGAGUUGAAACUUGUUCUUGUUUUUCCGACAAAGACCACGUUAAAAGUAGUAUUUUAGGCAUUACAAAUGGAUAUAAAUGGUUAUUGGAUACAAUCCUGAGGAAUUAUAUUGUUUUAAAUAAUAGAGUUAAGCAAUCUCAAAACAUCAUAAACGAAGAAUUAAAAAAUCGAAGAGUUGUAAAGGAUUGCAAAUAUUCUCCACCUAGAUUAUCAGUACACUCUAAUCCUUUUAAACCAAUAGCAGAACUUUUAUCUAAAAAGGAAGAAAAUAAUACAGGAAAUCAUUUACUCAAUGGUGUUAUCAAUGGGAAAUCUCAACUUAAGAAAAUCUUCAUGUCAAAUAAGACUGCACCGCUUCCUUCUGAAAGUACAUUUAAUAUGAAUGAAGAUCUAUCUUUAUACGAUAAUUCUAAUAUUAUAAUACCUGUAGCACAAAAAAGUACCCAAACUAUAACUAGUAUAGAUUUAUCAAGUUUUGAUACGCAUCUUAAUGAUAAAAAAAAUAAUAAAUAUCACCGUCCAUAUACAGCACCAGCACAUUCUACAUCACAUAAUACAUUAUCGAUAAUAAAUAUUCCUGGACAAGUUCUUCAAUAAUGAUCUAUAAGAUAUUAUAUAUUUUGGGGGCCAAUGCGUACAAGUAAAUGAAAUAAUAAAAUAGAAUAUAAAUUAAUCAAAUUAUUUAAGGAAAAAAAAUAAUUUUUACAGAGAAACUUUAUUUGUAAUAUGUUUUUUUCAUUUUCAUUGUAUAAUAUCGCUAUUGCAUACAAAGAAGUCAUACAUAAAUUUUGUAUAUAAAUGUGUAUAAAGGUACAAGUGUAUACAGUAUAAAAGACACUCGAUUAUACAAAACUCACAGCGUUGCAUGUGUAUGCAUGUGAUAAUACUAUCUUACAUAUAAAAUAUAUUUAUCUUGUGUUGAAAUUAUUUUUAUAGAAUUGUUAUAAUAACAGAUUUACAUGGUUAACAUAUAUUUUAUCACAACAAUUCACACAAUGGUAAACAGUGGAACUUUUUAAUUAUAAUUGUAAACUUUUUCUUAUAAAAUUUUUAAUUGCAAAUAUUUACAAAAUUUACGUGAUUUAUAUAAUGCGAAAACUUAAAAAUAUUAAGUAAUUUGAUAAGAUCAUUGGAAUACAAAAAAAAUUGUUAUAACUAAGUAAUAAUAUUGGAUUACAGAAAGAUGUAAUUUAAUGGUAGUAUCUUUUAAAUGCACAAAACGGUUUAAAAAUUAAUAGGGCCACGUUACAUGUAAAUAUAUAAAGUCUAAAAAACAUUUGUGUAAAAAAUUUGUUCUGUUUUCAUUAAUUUGUGAGACCAGAAAAAUUUGUACUUCGCAUAUUUGUGUAUAUCUCCACUCUCCUAAACAGUUAUUAUAAAUGCAAAAAAUAAUGGCAGUAGAAUUGUGAUUGCAUUUAAAAAAUUAAUAAUACAUGUUACUUGAAUAAAGUUAAGCACAUAUAUAAUACAUGUGCUUCAAUAAAGUAAAAUGUGCUACUUAACAUUUAGCCGGCCAUUCGGGGAGAUCAUCCAUGUUGACCUUACUUAUUUUGCCCAAAUAUGGUGGAAACCAUACAGUUCUCUAUGGCGCCGGUGGUCGGCUAAGUGUUAAUAUAGAUAUAUAAUAUUAAUCUUAAAACAUUAAACACCAUUUUGAGGGGCAGUGAAUUUUACUAGACGAGUUAACAUGGUUGUAAUGCAUGGAAUCUGUUUUUGUUGAUGCAUAGUUAUAUUAUCUGGAGUAUUAGAUUCAUAAUCAAUUGCAACUCGCUGGCAGACAAAAGUAAGCAGCGUUAAUAAAUCAUGUUGAAAUCCAUAUUCUUUUAAUUCUAUACACAAUGCUUGCAUAAACCAUGAUCCUCGUGUCGUAUUUCUCCAUGAAUAAAAACCUAUAUGGAAA